CAGUGGUGCCCGUGCAGAUCAGCAGAGAUGGCAGAAGCUUCUGUGGCUGUUGAGUUACAGGUGUGUCUGCAGGGAGGACUUCUCCAGCUCCUUUGCUGAUUCCUACACAGAAGCCUGGCAACCAUCGCAGAGGUCCUCCGCGGGCGAAGAACAAAGCUACAGGACACCAGAAACCCCAUGAGCCAUCCGAAAACAUGAGGCAAAUGCUGAAGGAAAUGCAGCAGGCAGGAGAAGAAGUGGAUGGAGAGGCUGUGCAGAAGGCAGCAUUUCCUGGAGGAAGCAGUGGUUCUGUGCCAGCCUCUGCUGCAGGAAGGGAGGCCAUGCCAGGCACAGGCACAGGAGCUGAGGUUGCUCAGAAGGCUUCUCCAUUAGCUUGGCUGCAUAAAGUUUUGAAGCCCUUGGAGUCUCCUGCAGGUGUGUCUGCAGGGAGGACUUCUCCAGCUCCUUUGCUGAUUCCUACAAAGAAGACUGGCUCCCAUGGCAGGGGUCCUCUGAGAAGGAAGAACAAAGGCAAAGGACAGAAGAAACCCCACGAGCCAAACAACAUCCUGAAACACAUCGUGACAGAACUGCACAAAGGGCAUGGGAUGGACAGAGAGGCUCUGUGGAAGGUGGCAUUUCCUGAAGGAAGGGAAGAGAUGCCAGGCAGAGUCCCAGGAGAUUGGGAUCGUGACAUGGAUUCCAUGCUUGUCUUUCUGGAUGAGAGUGUGAAGACCUCGGCAGAUGGUGGAGCUAACCCGGUUGGUGAAAGUGAUCUGGCUUCCCAACCCACAUUCAGGAUUGAGCCUCUGGGAGAUGCUGAGGGUGUGUCUGCAGGGAGGACUUUCCCAGGUCCAUUGGUGGAUGUUGCACGCAGGACCAGCUCCCUUCGCAGGGGUCCCCUGAGAAUGGAGAACAAACCUAGAGGAGACACUAAGUCCCUGGAGGCAUCCAAACACAUGGAGGAGAUGCCGAGUGAUCUGGAGAGACGCCAUGAUGCAGCCAGCACCACAAAACAUGCUGACAACAUCGGGAAGAGCACAAGAGUUUUCUGCUGGGUAACACCAUGUUUGAAGAAGUUGAUGGCCAUUGUGGCUGGUGCGGCACUGUGCCUGAUGAUGUGCUAUGCCGCAAUCUGGUAUUGCUGGAAGAGAAACUGGAGCACCUCUGGACAGGAGUUUAAAGACGGUGGCUGCACCUUACUCCCAGACAGUUUGAGCUGCUCCUCUGGCCGUCAUAAGGGCCUGGACAGCCCUUUCACCUGUUCUGUGUAGGGAACCGAAGAUCAGCCAUCUACAAGGAAACCUCCUACUACCCUGUAGAUCCCACUGCCACCUGCUCUCCCCAUAGGUCUCCCCAGCAUGACUUCAUCCCUUUUUUGAUCUCCCUGCAUCCCAUCCCCGCCAAUUCUCAAGUUCUUCUGGAGA